CCGUCAGACCAAGGAGUGUACGUGCGGUGCGAGCGCGAGAGGAUGCAGGAGGCCGCGGAGCAGCAGCGGAGCUCGAGUGACGGCGCGCCCGCCAGAGGAGCGGGAGUCCCGGGCAGCGGAGGCGGAGCGGGUCCCGGAGGAGGCGAGCGGGACAGAGAACGGGCUACUUUCGAGUGUAAUAUCUGCCUGGACACCGCCCGAGACGCGGUCAUCAGCCUGUGCGGACACCUCUUCUGUUGGCCAUGUCUUCAUCAGUGGUUGGAGACGCGGCCCAGCAGACAGCAGUGUCCCGUGUGUAAAGCAGGAAUCAGCAGAGAUAAAGUCAUUCCACUGUACGGCCGCGGCAGCACCAGCCAAGAGGAUCCCAGAUUGAAAACCCCACCACGACCUCCGGGUCAAAGAACAGAGCCGGAGAGCAGAGGGGCGUUUCAGGGUUUCGGUGACACAGGGUUUCACAUGUCAUUUGGAAUCGGUGCUUUUCCGUUUGGCUUUUUCACCACAGUCUUCAAUACCAACGACCCGUUUCACAGACCAGAUCCUCAUUAUGCAGCAGAUCACCAAGGCAACGGAAAUGCAACCAAUGGAAACAACUGGCAGGACUCGCUCUUCCUCUUCCUCGCCAUCUUCUUCUUCUUCUGGAUGUUGAGUGUGUGAAAUGAUGGGCACACACACACACACACACACACACACACACACACAAAGGUGGACUCAGUCUCUCUUUUAGCCCAUCUUUGAAGUGUAAGAUACAUACACUUGCCCUCUCUAUCUGUCUGUCUGCACAUGUGCAUAUAUGCACACACACAUGGCACGGGUUGAACUGUAGCUGUAUCAGUGUUGAGAAAGAGAGAGACAGUAUUAAUGACUGCUGUCAGAAAAACAAACACUUCAUGAGUUUAUUCAGAAAAUAAUUGUGAGCUCUGUUAAUAAAGGAAUAAUUCACCCAAAAAUGAAAGACUUGUCAUUAUGUACUCAUUAUUAUUUUCUUACUUCUAGGAAGUGCAUAGAGGUUUGGAACAACUUGAGGGUGAGUAAAUGGUGACAGACUUCAUUUUUGGGUUCUCGAGACGUUAUUAAACAUUCACACUCUCUGAAGCGUCUUCAUGCCAAAGAAAUUCUGAAGUUCUUAGAGAAAUAUGCAGACAGAAUGUGAUUCAUGUAGUUAGGACAAACUAAUGUAUUUAGACACGCUUGAAAGAGGUUUGUCCAGAAAUGUGUGUUUUGGACUGAAUCGCGUUCAGGCCAUUGCACUGUGCUUUCCAAAACGGGAAUAAGUUUGAUAUUUGAUGAACCGUUAUUUACUCUGCCAAACACUGCGCACGCUGAGGGACUUUCUUAUAUUGUCUCGUAUUAGUUUUCUUAUAAUUAAUUCUGCUUCAGUAAAUCACAUCUCUUAUAGUUACUGACUAACUCUGUAAAUCUGAAGAAAACAAGAACGUUUUAAUGAUAAAUGUUGACUAUUUAAGAAGACAAAAGAAAAUCCUUAAGAAGUCUUUUUAGGGAAUAACAUUUUUCUAAACUUCUUUUUUUGUUUUUUAGGUUAGAAACUAAUAAGUCGAGAACACAGCAAAAACAUUUUCUUACUGAGAAUUUUUGUCUUGUUUUCCAGUAAAACAACAUUCUUAAAACAAGAUACACUUCAGAGACCAAUAUUUUAACUGAUAUUUCCACUUAAUCAGUUAUUGGAUCUUUAACUUGGGGAGUCCCUAUAAAGACACAAGAAACUUGAAAUUGUAAAUAUUAAGUUACAGAUAGACCGAUAAUAGGUUUGACCGAUAUUUUUUACAGAUAUUUCCACUUUUCCACUUAAUCGGUUCUUUAAAAUCUGGCUUCCCUGUAAAGGCAUAAACUUUAAAUGUUAAAUAUGAAUUGAGUUACUGAUUGACCGAUAAUCGGUUUCACCGAUAUUUUAACCGAUAUUUCCAAUUAAUCGGUUAUCAGUUCUUUAACAUGGGGAGUCCCUAUGAAGACAUAAACUUGAAAUUGUAAGUAUUAAUUGAGUUAGAAAUAGACCGAUAAUCGGUUUUACCAAUAUUUUAACCGAUAUUUCCACUUAAUCAGUUAUCGGUUCUUUAACAUGGGGAGUCCCUAUAAAGACAUAAACUUGAAAUUUUAAAUAUUAAUUAAUUUAGAUAUUGACCGAUAAUCGGUUUUAACCGAUAUUUCCAAUUAAUCGGUUAUCGGUUCUUUAACAUGGGGCGUCCCUAUAAAGUAAGACACACAAGACUUUACAUUUUAAAUAUUAAUUAAGUUACAGAUAGACCGAUAAUCGGUUUCACCGAUAUUUUAACCGAUAUUUCCAAUUAAUCGGUUAUCGGUUCUUUAACAUGGGGAGUCCCUAUAAAGUAAGACACACAAGACUUUACAUUUUAAAUAUUAAUUAAGUUACAGAUAGACCGAUAAUCGGUUUCACCGAUAUUUUAACCGAUAUUUCCAAUUAAUCGGUUAUCGGUUCUUUAACAUGGGGAGUCCCUAUAAAGUAAGACACACAAGUCUUUACAUUUUAAAUAUUAAUUAAGUUACAGAUAGACCGAUAAUCGGUUUCACCGAUAUUUUAACCGAUAUUUCCAAUUAAUCGGUUAUCGGUUCUUUAACAUGGGGCGUCCCUAUAAAGACAUAAACUUGAAAUUUUAAAUAUUAAUUAAUUUAGAUAUUGACCGAUAAUCGGUUUUAACCGAUAUUUCCAAUUAAUCGGUUAUCGGUUCUUUAACAUGGGGCGUCCCUAUAAAGUAAGACACACAAGACUUUACAUUUUAAAUAUUAAUUAAGUUACAGAUAGACCGAUAAUCGGUUUCACCGAUAUUUUAACCGAUAUUUCCAAUUAAUCGGUUAUCGGUUCUUUAACAUGGGGAGUCCCUAUAAAGUAAGACACACAAGACUUUACAUUUUAAAUAUUAAUUAAGUUACAGAUAGACCGAUAAUCGGUUUUACCGAUAUUUUAACCGAUAUUUCCACUUAAUCAGUUAUCGGUUCUUUCACAUGGGGCGUCCCUAUAAAGUAAGACACACAAGACUUUACAUUUUAAAUAUUAAUUAAGUUACAGAUAGACCGAUAAUCGGUUUCACCGAUAUUUUAACCGAUAUUUCCAAUUAAUCGGUUAUCGGUUCUUUAACAUGGGGAGUCCCUAUAAAGUAAGACACACAAGUCUUUACAUUUUAAAUAUUAAUUAAGUUACAGAUAGACCGAUAAUCGGUUUCACCGAUAUUUUAACCGAUAUUUCCAAUUAAUCGGUUAUCGGUUCUUUAACAUGGGGCGUCCCUAUAAAGACAUAAACUUGAAAUUGUAAGUAUUAAUUGAGUUAGAGAUAGACCGAUAAUCGGUUUGACAUAUUUUUAACCGAUAUUUAAACUUUUCCACUUAAUCGGUACUUUAACAUGGGACUUAUAAAUUAAGACACAAUUAAAUAAUUAUUUAUUUAGGGGCUUUGAAUAAGUGAAUAUUGCAACUGAAAAUAAUUUAAUUGAUUAUUUGUAGACUGUGCGCAAUAAUAAUUUUCUAAAACGGGCUAUUCACCUUCAGAGGAUAGUGAUAAAUGUUAUUGUGUCUUUCUAAAACAUUGUUAAAGCAUAUUGUUCAUCGGACACUAAAAUAGUCAGUCAUUAAAAUACAAUUUCAGUCAAUCUCUUAUUUACUUGAGAAGCAAAAUGACAAAAUAAUCUUCAUUGAAAUCUAACAAGAUUAAGUGUCAUUUAUUCUUGCAACAAGACAAAAACCUCAUUCAAAAGGCAAACAAAAAUAGUUUUAACCAUGAACCCCACCACAUAUAUCUGAAAACAAUACUUAAUAUGUCAUUCUGCUCACAAGUAAUUGUUUAUUAAGGAGCGUUAAAUAUUUUUACUACAAAAUAAGUGACUGUUUAGUGAAAAACACCCCUGAUGUGAAGAUGAAUCUUAUGAAACUGUCAAGAACAUGUUUAGCUCAUAUUUCACCACAUUUUUGUUUUGUGCUUAAGUAAAAUUAACCCUAUUUUUUUUUCCCCCCUUUCUGAUUUUAAAAUAAAAUGCACAUUUUCAUGGGUGACGUGGAUGAGACAUGAGUGAGGUUAAGCGAUGGAGAAGUCAUUAAUAUUUGCAUUACUGUGCUCUGUUGUGUGUCAUGUUCAAAGGUGUUUUGAGAAAUGUCCCAAAGAUGCACACUAGUCAUAACUAAGCUAAACACGAGCCGUUUCCGGGACGUUCUGAUUUAGACCAGAUGAAGCUUCGUUUCGGGUGUUUCCACAACACUCAUCUGGCGUAAAAGCAGAUGUCAUCAGCCAUUAUUUGAUCUUAUAACCACCACAUAAUAACAUGAACACAAAUCACACAUUAAAAUCAUGAAAUAUGCCGCCGCAACCACCAGUUUAUCAUGUUUAUGUCCUGAACGAUUAUACUUAUGAGACUUCAUAGAAAUCAAAGUGAAUUUUCAUGCGGCCUCUGAAGUUAUCAUGUUUAUGGAUAAUGUUAUAUAUAUAUAUAUAUAUAUAUAUAUAUAUAUAUAUAUAUAUAUAUAUAUAUAUAUAUAUCAUAUUUCUCAUAGUGGCAAGUCUUUUCUGGAGCGCAGUGUGUGUGUGUGUGUAUAAAUGGAUACUGUAAAUGAUGUUUUAAAUGUUUCUCUGUUAUUGGCUGUGAAGUUGAUUGACAGAAGGGUGGUUUGUAAUUCUGUUUGUCAAUGUGAAAAAUAACAUUUAUUUCCUCUUGCUGCAACCAGAUUGGCUGGUUUGGACCUUUUGAUUAAAGCGAGCCGAAAGAUGAGUAGAACGUGACCACGCCCGGUUUGAUUAAGUCAUCAUUCGUAUGAUUGACUGGGCGUGGCCUCAAAGUAGGCAGAAUUUAGAGAUGAUUAAGUCUUACUGGGUGACUUUACUGAACAUUUCUCGUUUGUCUUCUUCCUUUUUGCAUAUCACUGGUUAAUCAAACCUAAACGUUUGUAAUUAAAGUCUUUUUUCCAUAAAAAAAAAAAAAGUG